UGCUUCAACUCAACAUAACGUAUAGCAGACGUCAGUGUCAGAGGCGACGUAUUUAUCUAUUAACAUUACACAGCAAAUAGGGGUUUCUACUCUUUGUUAAAGACCGAUUUCAACACUUUGUUUCCGAAGCACUAAACCGUGUUUUUGAAGGAUCGUUUUCGUCUUAAAAAUGGGUCUGUUAUCUGAAGGAAGUCCAUUGAGUUGGCCUGAAACAAAAAAGUUAGCAGAUCAUGUUCGUGAGCAUGGGAUUACUCAGUUCAUAAAUCUUUACACUCUAUUAAAAGAUAAACAAGGUGACGUGUUAAAGUGGGGAGAUGAGAUUGAAUACAUGCUGGUUAAGUUCAAUCAUGAAGAAAAGAAAGCCCAGCUCUCUCUUCGUGCCCAAGAACUUUUACCUGUUCUCCAAACAACUGAAAAGGAAACUCCAGAGAAGGCUUCUUCCUUGUGGAGACCUGAGUUUGCUAGUUACAUGAUUGAAGGUACUCCAGGGAAGCCAUAUGGAGGGCUACUGGCUCAUUUCAAUAUUGUAGAGGCUAAUAUGAAAAAUCGCCGCAAAGAGGUGUCAGCUUUGCUGGAAAAGGAUGAACACAUCCUUUCUAUUACGGCAUUCCCGCGCUUGGGUUGCGAAGGCUUUUGUGUCCCUAAAGCAAAACCAGAUCCUGUGAAUAGCGCGUCACGUUCAUUAUUUUUCCCGGACGAGGCUAUUUAUUUGGCACAUCCACGGUUUCGGACAUUAACCCGCAACAUCCGCGAGCGGCGAGGCGAGAAAGUUGCUAUCAAUGUCCCAAUUUUUAAAGAUGUAAAUACCCCAAGUCCUUUCGAAGAAGAUUUAAGUGCAUUGGGAGAUGAUGGGGAGAAAGGGAAAAAUGCAUUGCCAGAUCAUAUAUAUAUGGACGCUAUGGGAUUCGGAAUGGGCCAAUGCUGCCUGCAGCUGACUUUUCAAGCUUGCAAUAUCAAAGAAUCUCGUACAUUAUACGAUCAACUUGCACCCAUGUGCCCAAUUAUGUUGGCUUUAACUGCCGCUUCGCCAAUUCAGCAUGGUUACAUUGCUGACACGGAUUGUCGGUGGAACAUAAUUUCUAGCUCAGUUGACUGCCGGACGAGAGAGGAAAGAGGUCUAGAACCGCUGAAGACGAAUAGAUUCCGAAUUAACAAAUCGCGAUACGAUUCGAUCGAUUCAUAUCUCUCUCCGGAAGGCGACCGAUACAACGAUAUACCACUGGUAAUAGAUCAAGAGGCUUACCAGCGAAUGCGUGAUGCUGAUAUUGAUCAUCUGUUAGCCCAACAUAUUGCACAUCUUUUUAUCCGGGAUCCUGUGUCUCUGUUCAGUGAAAAGAUUAACCAGAAUGACGAAGAAGAUUCGGAUCACUUUGAGAACCUCCAGUCGACCAAUUGGCAAACGAUGCGCUUCAAGCCACCACCGCCGAAGAGCACCAUAGGGUGGCGCGUUGAAUUCCGACCCUGUGAAGCACAAAUAACUGAUUUUGAAAAUGCAGCCUACGUGUGCUUCAUUGUUCUGUUAACACGAGUCAUUCUUACCUACAGACUUAACUUCCUCAUACCGAUAAGUAAAGUGGACGAGAAUAUGCAAAGGGCCCAAAAGCGCGAUGCGGUGCUGAAGGAAAAAUUCUGGUUCCGGAAAGACCUGGUUACGCAAAACUCGUCAGAAUCUAUUCCUAAUUCUGUAGGAACUGAACAAGACGACAUUUCCGUAGAGAUGACAAUCGGAGAAAUAAUAAACGGAAAGGGAGACGAAUUCCAGGGCUUAUUACCUCUCAUAAGCAGCUACCUGUCAAGUGUCGAAGUGGACGCUGAUACCCAUUGCACAAUACAUCAAUACUUACGGCUUAUUCAAAAACGUGCUAGUGGUGAGCUGAUGACCAUAGCUCACUGGAUGCGGGAGUUUGUCAUCAAACACCCCGACUACAAGGGUGAUUCCGUAGUUAGUGAACGAAUCAAUUACGAUUUGUUGACUACGAUGGACGGCAUUCAGAAUGAAACUAUUGAAUGUCCAGCUUUGUUGGAUCAUCCGCGCAGCAAAACACAAUCAUCUAUUCCGGAUCCUAUUAGAAUGGCGGAAAAUUGUCCAUCAACUUGUUGAAAUUCUUUUCGAUCAUGAAUUUCGUAUUGUUAUUCCGCUUUUGUUUGUUUUAGGACUCUUAUAGAAUUCGCAAACAAGUAGAUUAGGCGAAAAAUAUAUUUUUUUUUU